UUACAAUAGUUUGGUGUAUCAAAAUGUGGUGCUAUACGUUCAUUAUUUCACUUUUAUUAAUUAAUUAUGUUAAUUGUAUCGAUUACGGUUCUUACAAACACAAAUCCGAAUACGUGACAGUUCGGGAAGGUGCUCAUAUGUUUUACUGGCUUUUCUAUACUACGGCACCCGUAGAACACUAUACUGAAAGACCCUUGAUAGUAUGGCUGCAAGGUGGCCCUGGUGGGUCCUCUACAGCGACUGGGAACUUUAAUAUAUUGGGACCACUUGAUCUAAGUCUUCAAGAGAGAAACUACACUUGGGUGAAAAACUUUAACGUCCUCUUUGUGGAUAAUCCAGUUGGUACCGGCUUCAGUUACGUGGAGGAUUUGUCAUUAUUGACAGUAACCAAUGAAGAAAUAGCACAGGAUUUCGUUACCUUGCUUAGAGGCUUUUAUUCAUCAAAUCCGGAAUUUGAAGACAUUCCUUUGUAUAUUUAUGGACAAUCAUAUGGUGGAAAGAUGGCCAUCGAUAUGGGUAUACAAGUUCACGAGGCAGAAGUCCAAGGUUUCCUUAAAUCGAAUCUCUCCGGUAUAGCAAUGGGUAACGCGUGGAUAUCUCCUGUGGACUCCACUCUCAAGUGGGGCUCGCUAUUAUUAGCAGCCGGAUUGGUAGACCAAGAAGGUUAUGAACAUAUACAAACUGAGGCCAGAGAAGCUGAAAGAUUGUUCAACGAAGGCCAAUAUGUCAAUUCUACACUACAAUGGGCUGCAACUCAAAGGGCAGUAUUUAAUCGCACAACUUCUGUUGAUUUUUAUGAUAUACUCACAAAAAUGCCAGUAUCAGCGCCGGACACAAGAAGUGCUAUAGAGCAAGCAAGAGACAUGAUGAUAUACGACUCACCUUAUGUGUCAAACACCGAGCGUAAUGAAGAAUGGAAUUUAGGCAAUCUGAUGAAUACUCUAGUAAAAGAACUGCUUGAGAUUCCGGAAAAUGUGACCUGGGGUUCGCAGUCAGAUGCCGUAUUCGAUGCUUUGAGAGGAGAUUUCAUGAAACCAGUGGUCAAAGGAAUUGAGAAACUGUUGAACGAAACGAAUAUUAUUCUGACCAAGUAUAACGGAAACCUCGAUCUGAUUUGUUCUACACCAGGUCAAAUACUGUGGGUAGAUCGUUUGCAAUGGGACGGUGCUGAAGAGUACCGGAAUGCACCUCGCCUUCCUAUUUGGGAAGAUAACAGACUAGAAGGCUAUUAUAAGUCAUACGGCAACUUCAGAUUCUUUUGGAUUAAUUAUGCAGGACAUAGUGUACCAAGGGACAAUCCUGCUGGGACCAACGCUUUCCUGCGAGAUAUGACUUCCUUCGGAUAAUAUUAUUAAUAAAUUACAUUUUAAGUAUAUAGGUACAUCAAUUUUAAUUGAACCCAAAGUUUCUCAGCUUUUCUGUAUUACAUACGUAUAGAUAGACCUUCCUUUUGAAUCACUCCAUCUAUUACUGAAAACAACAUUAAUCCGUUACGGAGUUUAAGCGUACAGACAGAAACCUUUUAUAAGAAUAGUGAUGCUGAUAGAAAAUUAUUAUGUGGUAAUCCUUGAGUUCUGGCAUAUAUGGAUAUUGUUCAUACCAAUGAUCAAUAUUGUUAGAAAAUAUAGUACACACGCGCACGUGUUUAUGAAAAUAAAUUUGUUAUAAUUAUAUUUGUUAUUUUUCAUAUGUAGAUACUAGCACAGAUAUUUAUAACACUAGUUAAUAACGGAACAUUAUAUAUACCUACACGUUUCACUUUAUUGAAUAUCGUGUACCCAACGUGGAAAGCAGUAAAAAGCUAAAUAGAAAUAUUACUCUGAAAGUGAAAUCAUCUAACUUUAUUUUAUUUCUAUUAAUUUGAUUAGAAAUGAAAAAUAUCUAUGAAAUUCUUAUACAUUUGUCAUAUAUUAAUAUUUAUAUAAACAAAUGCAUACUUUAUGAUCAAAUAAUUUACAAACUAUAUCAUUAUUAAAAAGUAUGUAUAUAGAGAUUUAAAUUUAUUUAAACGAUAAUAAUAAGUCUAUCAGUCAGGUUAGUCACAAUGUACCUAAUUGUAACUACACUAUAAUAAAUCAUAGUUAUUUGGUAAUUACUCAGAAAUAUAUCUGCUUAUAUAUAUUCUUCAUAAAUAAUAGUUAAGUAAAAUUACAAUGUACGCUACAUA